CCAGCCAAGCUUAAACCCUAGAUUUCGAAACUAAUCUCUCUCUCUCUCUAGGCAAUCACUCUGACUCUCUCUCUCUCUCUCCACGCAAUCACUCUGAAUCCGAAUUCAGGGAACAAACCGAAGCAAUGGACAGAAGCAUGAUAUCGGUAGACCGGUGGACCGACGGCAGCCAGGCCUACUUCCUCACCCACCUCCACGCCGACCACACCAGCGGCCUGUCUCCUACGUGGAAACGCGGCCCUCUCUUCUGCUCUCGAAUCACGGCCAAGCUCUUCCCCUUCAAGUUCCCUGGAUUCAAGCUCUCUCUGCUUCGAGUUCUCGAGAUCGGUCAAUGGCACUCCGUCUCUCUGGUAUCUCCGACCACCGGAUCCGCUACCACCGUCGAUGUCAUGGCCUUCGACGCUCACCACUGCCCCGGUGCAGUCAUGUACUUUUUUCGUGGUGAGUUUGGCUGCAUGCUUUUUACUGGGGAUUUCCGAUGGGAACCAACUAGUACAAGGGCACAGAUUGGAAGGAGCAUGCUACUAAAUGCCAUCGGGAAUGAUAAAGUUGACAUUCUUUACCUGGACAAUACUUACUGUAAUCCGUCAUAUUCUUUUCCCUCUCGAGAAGUUGCUGCUAAACAGGUGGUUGAUGUGAUCGCCUCUCAUCCUAAACAUGACAUCAUCAUCGGUAUCGACUCUUUGGGCAAAGAAGAUCUUUUAAUUCAUAUUGCACGUGUGCUAAAAAUUAAGAUUUGGGUGUGGCCGGAGCGUCUGCAAAUUAUGCAUCUUCUUGGGUUCCAUGACGUCUUCACAACCAAAACUUCUCUAACUAGAGUGCGAGCUGUCCCUCGCUACAGUUUUAGCAUUGAGACUUUGGAGGGACUAAAUGAGAUGCGCCCAACUAUAGGGAUUAUGCCAUCUGGUCUUCCAUGGUUGGUGAAACCCCUUGAAGGGAACACUAAUGCGCUUGGUUCAUCUCCCUCAAUUUUUCGCCAUGGAAAAAAACUAAAUGUAAAAGUUCGGAGCCCCAUGUACAUGAAUAAGCCUAAUGGAAAUUGUAGAGCUGUGGAAAGGUAUCAUGAAUACAUGUAUUCAGUUCCAUACUCUGAUCAUUCAUGCUUUGCUGAGAUAAAGGAGUUUGUUAAGAUAGUCCAGCCAACCAACUUGAAAGGGAUUGUAUCUUCAUCAUCUUCUUAUGUCGAUCCACUUUACUAUUUUGGCCGCCUUUUGGGAGAAAAGUUACAAUCGCAAUGUUCAUAUCGCAACUUUGACAGGAAAGGUGAGAGAGUUGAAGCUGCCCAUACCAAAUCCGCUCUCAGAAUUGAUGAUUCUUCUAAAGCAGGAAAGAAACGAAGUAGAACAAAAGGUGAUGAUGUUUUAGGUGUUCAGGCGAGUAGUAGAGUCAGGAUAUUGAGACGAUUAAGGCGUGGUGCAAAAAUAUUGGAACUCGACUGACUUGAAUAAUUAUGUGUUAAAUGUUGCCAUUACUUUACAGUGAGGCUGUAUGCUAAUGUUACACAUGCCUCUUAUUCUGAGAACACAUGUAUAAAUUCCGGGAUUCAGCUAAAAUUACAGGUACAAGGCAUUAAUUUUUGUCUUCAUUG